AGGAGGAAGAGGAGGAGGAGGAGGAAGAAGAGGAGGAGGAGGAAGAAGAGGAAGAAGAGGAAGAAGAGGAAGAAGAAGAGGCGACUGAGCCUCCCAGCAAUGGAACAGAAACACACUCCAGUUCUACAGAGUCUCCUCUCAGCGAGUGUCAGACAGCUGACAGAGAAAUCAGCUGCAGGGGCAUCGGCAUGACUCACAUACCAAUCAUCCAUAACCUCCUGGCCACAAAUCUGGAUAUGGCAGAGAACAACAUCAGAAUCAUCGCUCCACAGGUUUUCUCCGGGGUGCCGAACCUGGACACACUGGACCUGAGCAAAAACAAACUGGAUGAUGAGUCGUUCAGGCAAAACCCCCUGUCUAACUUGACCUUUCUGAAGAAGCUGAACCUAGAUGGAAACCAACUCACCAGAAUCCCAGCGCUGCCACCAUCUCUGGAGGAGCUCAAGAUGAACAACAACAAGCUCAGUACACUAAGCCCUAACUGUUUUAAAGGUUUGAUGAACCUGUUGAAUCUGGAGCUGGAGGAGAAUACUCUCCAUGAGGGCAGUGUGUCCCCGCUAGCCUUCAGACCACUAGAGAGACUUUUGGACCUCCAGUUGGACAACAACAGCUUCCGUUACCUCCCUUUGGGCCUUCCUUCCUCUCUUCAGGAGCUGGAUAUGAAUGAAAAUCUAAUUGAGGCGGUGACGGAGGAGGCACUGAGGGGCUGCGUCCAUUUGAGAGUGUUGGACCUAAGUCACAACCUGUUGCAUGAGCAAGGCAUCGCUACCCGCGCCUGGACCCGUCUCAAAUCCCUGGAGGCCUUGGACAUGUCCUAUAACAGAUUUACCUCUGUCCCAAUGAAUCUUCCUCGCCAUCUUCGUAAAUUGACCCUCCAACACAACAACAUCAGUCACAUUGCUGCCUUUACGUUCCGUCACAUGCGGUCCAAUCUACAGUCCCUCCGUCUAUCCCACAAUGUCUUGAGCAAUGAGGGUAUGGAACGAGUCUCUUUUGUCGGAACAUACCGCUCACUUGGAGAGCUCCUAUUGGACAACAAUCGUCUGGAGGAGGUCCCUCGCUGUGUUCGACAGUUUAAGAACCUGCAGGUACUAAGACUGGACAACAACCAGAUCAGGCUGGUGAGGCAGUGGGCAGUGUGCCACCCUCGCAAUUCUGGCUCCACCUUGACUUCAAUCCACUUGGAAAAUAAUAUGCUGGAGAUGGAGAAGAUUCCCCCAAAUGUCUUUUCCUGUCUCAUUGAUGCUCAGGGACUGGUACUCUAUCCGCAACAGGGACACUCACAUGACCAAUAGACUACACAGUGGGACGGACAUAAGGACAGAUACAUAACUACAAUAUACUGUACGCAUGUCUAUCAUGCUGACGUGCAGCUACUCAUACUUUUUUUUUUUUUCUAAAGGCCGGGUUUACAGAUAAAUAGCUGUAUUGGGUAGUUUGCUUGGUUAG